AGACAGAGACCAAAACCAAAAAAAAAAAGUGGUCAUGACUUCUCUACUCAUCUUCUUCUUCUUCGCCGUCCACUCUCUUUCAACCGUCGCCGCCGAUCUCCACGAGACCAGAUCACGUUUCAAACCUCCACAAUUCUCUCCUCUCUUCGUCUCUCCUUCUCCUCAAACCGUUACCCAAUCCCCUACUCGCUACUUCGAGGUUCAAAAACCUCCCGUUCCAAAUCUUCCGACAUCUCAACCACCGUGCUCGUAUCAUGUUCUCCACCAUGACUUUGCCUACACCUAUACUAAACCACCGGUUCUCGCCAAUUACACUCUUCCCUCCCACUGCUCAUCUCGAGAUUUCUCCAAAAUCGUCCUCGAAUUCAAAUCCACCAGCCAAAGAAGACAGUUCGAUCGUAUAUUCGGCAUUUGGCUUGACGGCGUUGAGAUUCUCCGGAGCUGCACCGCCGAGCCUAGACCAAACGGUAUCGUUUGGUCUGUUGAGAAAGAUGUGACUAAGUAUCACUCUAUGCUCGUUAAGAACGAGACUCAGAUCCUCGCUGUUUAUCUCGGUAAUGUUAUAGAUAAGACUUAUACUGGUGUUUACCAUGUUGAUGUGAUCUUCCAUUUCUAUCCACUCGAAAAGAAUCUUGACGAUUCUUCUUCCGGUUACAGCUCUCAUCAAGCUGAUAUGAUCUUGCCGAUUUCAAGAAACCUCCCGCUAAAUGAUGGAUUGUGGUUUGAAAUCGUGAAUCCGAAUGGUUCUAUGUAUAAGGAAUUUGAGAUCCCUAGGAAUGUGUAUAGAGCUGUUCUUGAGGUUUAUGUUUCUUUCCAUGAGAAUGAUGAGUUUUGGUAUGGUAAUCUUCCUAAUGACUUCGUUACUGCCAAUAAUCUCACUGCUGCUGGUAAUGGACCUUUUAGAGAAGUUGUGGUUAGUCUCGACGGCCAUAUUGCUGGUGCGGUUUGGCCUUUCCCGGUUGUUUUCACUGGUGGGAUCAAUCCUUUGCUCUGGAGACCAAUCACUGCUAUAGGUUCUUUUGAUUUGCCGACUUAUGAUAUCGAAAUCACGCCCUUCUUGGGAAGUUUGUUGGAUGAAAAGACUCAUAAGCUGGGGUUUAGUGUGACAAAUGCAUUGAAUGUUUGGUAUAUCGAUGCGAAUUUGCAUCUUUGGUUGGAUCAGGAGAGGGAGAUAGUCGAAGGAAAGGUGUUGGAGUUCAGUAGAAGCUCUGUAAAGAUAAGCUCUGUCUCACACUUCAAAGGCUUGAAUGGAAACUUCACGACGAAAGCAAAUAGGUCAAUAACUUCGAUUGGAUUGGUCAAAUCCUCUCAUGGGGACAUCAUAACCAAUGCUACUCAAAAAUUCAGCUAUGUAAACAAGAUGGUUGUAGGUAAAGAUAUGAGCUUGCAGAUCAUAGAUCAGUUGAUCCAAGCCGAUGAUCAUAUUCACGCCAAGAGAGCCUCGAGAGAGGUCUACUCCGCAAAUUCCAUCAAGACCUUUCCUUUUUACCUGUACUCUGACUCUGAGAAGGAACAGAAUAACACAUCUCUGGAGAUCGCGAAUGUAACGAUAGGAUUCAACGAGGAGAGAUCAGAGAGCGACAACGGGUUGGUGAGAAUAUUCAAGAGCAAGCUUGAAAACAAGCAAGAAGGGCAAGGGGUUAUAGCGGUGAAGAAUCACUUAGUGACCAAUGGAUAUGGAAGCACACAACAAGUGUAUAACUAUGUUGGAAGUGACCAAUGUUACUUCAGAAACAUCAGUAGCCACAACUACACAAUUCUAUAUGACCAGCUUGAAACUGUUUGCAAGAAGAAAACUCUGAAGCUGCCACCACGGCUCGAGCACCUACCCAGGCAACAUCCCUUACUUGCUUGAUUGAUAUAUGACCAGAGACACAGAUCUCGCUCUUGUUGUAGUUGAAAUUUUGGAGAAAGAAACAUUUCAAAUAAUAAUAAAACUUUUCCUCUAUA